AAGUGAUUUCCCUUGAUGUAAACAAAAUCUUAUGAAGGUUGUUUUAAAUUAUACGGAAUUAACAUCUUUUCAUCAAAAACACGCUUUCAGAAUAUAAAAAGGUGUUUGUCUAGAAUUCAAAUGGAAAUUUGAGAGAUGAAUAGAGUAGAUCAACUUCAUCGAGCAAUUCAGGUUGGCCUGCUGCCAGAGGUUAAAAUGCUGGUUCAACUAGGAGCCAAUAUGGACCAUGUAUUGGGUAUGAGAGGAACAGCUCUAUGUGCUGCCAUAGAGACAAGAAAUUUUGAAAUCACCAAGUUCUUGUUAGACUCUGGUUGUGAUGUAAAUGCACAGGACUUCGAUGGAGAACCACCGUUACUUCUUGCAUUACGUAAACAAUCGCCUGGACAAAUAUGUGGGAAAACAGCCUGUCUGGACAUUGUUAAAUUGCUGUUGAAUCACCCAAAGUGUAACCUGAACAAAGUCGACCCACUUACAAAAAAAAGCGCAUUACAUUUCGCUACAGAGCAAGACAUGGCACAGGUCGUAGAAUGGUUGAUAUCGAGCAAGUCAAAGAUAGAGUGUAACAUUAAUCAUAUGGAUGCAAAUGGUAAUGCUCCGCUUCAUCUAGCUGUAUUGGAAGGUUUGACUGAUGUUGUUGAGGUGUUAAUCAGUCGUCCUAAAUGCCUGAUUAAGAUAUAUAACAAGGCAGGUCUUACACCACUGCAUAUUUGUGCUCGUAACGGUGAUGUUGCAAAUAUGGAGAAAGUUCUAAGGAGAGUGAGCAAAGCAAGUGAGAAAUGUGUCAGUCAAAAAGAGCAAACUGUGUCUGAACUAGAUCUUAAUCUUAAUUCCAUCACAUUGAUUGAAAAAGAAACAAGUUUGCACAUUGCCUGUAAAUUAGGACAUGAAGGUGUUGUGGAACUAUUGUUAAGAUAUGGGGCCAAGGUUGAUUUGAAAGAUUUUUUAGGCAACACUCCAUUAUUGGUGACUUUAGCUUCCUCACCACACUGGAAAACCAAAGAUAAUGGUAUUCCGAAGAUGCUUCUGAACAAGGGGGCAGAUCCAAAUGUGAUAUCUGUUGAUCACCGAUGCAGAUACAUUGAACCUAGCCAGGUGGUCUCUCCUUUGAGCAUGGCUGUGAAGAACGCAAAUUUAGAGCUUACUAAGAUCUUAAUUUGUUCUGGUGCCGAUGUAAAUUUCACUGACAAUAUGGGUCAAUGCCCCCUUUUCAUUGCAUUAUGGGGAGGUGCUUUAUCUGUUGCAAGCUUUCUUUUACAAGAAUGCUCGUCCAUUAAUAUCAAUACACAAACAGAUGAUGGUAAUACUUGUCUGCAUGCGAUUGUCAAGUGUAGAAAGAAUUCAAACUCAAAGGACAUAUAUAAGAUUGUGAGGACAAUCAUGAAUGCUGGCGGAAAAAUUUACACAAACAAGGCAAACAAAACGGUGCUAGACAAAGCUUUCGAAUACGAGGAUCAUAUUCUUUUUGAUGCAGUCUUAGAGGAAUUGGACUGUUACAUUGAAGACAUUGAAGUUAUAAAUGUCUUUCAAAACAGUGAGGACACAGAUGUAUUUAUAUGUGGCAAUGUUCCUGACGAUAUUCCAAAAGUUCAAAGAUGGAUUCACAAGGCAAGCUCGGAGGGUUUGAUUGAAAUGAUGAGGGUACUGCUGUCUCAUGGUGCGGACAUUGACGCUUCUUAUUUUGACUAUGAUACUCAUCAAAGCUUGUCCAAUUUAUACAUUGCUUUGUAUAAUACAGAAUAUAAAAUGGCAGAAUUUCUGGUAAAAAAUGGUGCCAAUUUAAAAACUGAAAAAUACAUAUAUGAUGAAUUGGAAAAGGUUAAUGGAAAUGGUGACAAGAGAAAUGAUAUCAUUGUAAAUGAAAGGGAUAUUGAUGAUGAUGAUGACGAUGAUGAAUGUAGUUCUUCAGAUGAUGAUGUAUUUCAUGGAAAUGAGGAAUUUAGAAAUUGGCUACUCAAAGUUGCAUGCACUCCUCAAACACUUAAACUUUCAUGUCUUGUGAUGAUUCGAAAAAUAUUCAUCAAUAAUAAAAUUCCAUUUACCAGGAUGGACCGUCUUAAACUACCAAAUAAACUAACAAGUGAACUUCGUUACAAAGUGUUAUAAAAAGAUUCCUCCAUAAUUAUUUUUAUUACAAUAACAAAUGUCAUAAGCCAGUUAAGAAAGUAGCAGUGAACAAGACGUAAUGUGUCAUAAAGGCAGCAAAAUGUAAACAAAAUAGUAAUUUUACUUUCAUACAAAAUAUUCAUUAUAAUAAAACCAAAUUGCCAACAGCAAAAGGAGCAACAGAUAGUUCAACUUGUUUCAUGGCAAAAUGUGUAACUUUUUGAUUAAUGUAACAAGUAUCCAAAAUUAAAAAAGUAUCUGAGUAAUGAAAAUGAUUGCAUUUCUGAGGCAUAAUGGGCCUUUAAUAAGAUGAAAAAAUAUAAAAUCUAAAUCUAAUGGAGUUCAGAUAUUUCUAUACAUGUGGACAUGAUUGGAAUCUGUCUCUUGCAAGGCAACUGGUGGUAGGAACAUUUAUUC